CAGGCCUCCAGCCUCCAACCGCUCGCCCGCUCGGCUGCAGACCGCUCCUGGCGGCGCUCCAGCCGCUCGGAGCCUCGGCACGCUCGGCGCUCCAGCUGUCCGCUCCGGCGCUUCGCUGAUCUGCUUGUCUGAUUGUCUUGUCCCGCCCGGCGGCCGGCUGCAGGCUGCUUGCCGCUUGGUCCCGCCGAGGCGUCGACCCGCACCGCACGGCUGCCGCCUGCCGCUGCUUCCUGCUUGGCCGCACGUCUGCUUGUCUAGUUGUUUGCUUGGCUGCUUGCUUAGUGCUUCUAGUUGUCUGCUUGCUUCGUGCUUCUGUGUUUCUAGUUGUCUGAUUGUGACUUGUGAGACUUGUGAGCAUAGAAAGGUCAAAGGUAGUGCGUGAGUAUUUGAUUGUGCGUGUCUAAUGUAUUAGAUUUUUCAAGGUGCAGAUUUUCCAAUUUCUAAAUAGCAGUCUUGGAUACAAACAAAAACAAGGCAAAGAAUAUGGCCCAAAAAGUAUCUCUAUAUUAUGUGAACACUCCCUGUUGGCUGUUGUAACAUCUUCUAAUUCUCUAAUACAUGUUAUAUGCUUCGUAAAAUGACAGAUUUAAAGAGCUAUUUUAGUCAAGCUUCUAGUGGAAGUAGACUAAGCACUCGCGCUAGUGGAGUUUGCAAUGAACCGGAAUACAAGUUGGAAUUCAAGAGAAUAAUAGUGAAGAUACCAAUGGUGAAAAUGUUAAUGGUCAAGUCGAAGAUAAGAAAACUAGACAAAUGCAAUUGUCUAGAUCUUCUAGAACUAGACACAACUAAACAUUUUAUUCGCUAUAUGGUAUUUGGUUGUAAAUGGAUUGUAAUCAAGAUGACUACUAAAUAAGGUGGUGGAUUUUGGGUGUUACAUCAUCGACCGCCCUAGCGCCAUGGUCCGCUGGCGGUUGGCAAGCUCUGGCUCACUUCUUCGGCUGCUCAGUCAUAGAGUCGCAUCACUAGCUCUCUCAUUUGGUCGCUUGCUCGUAGACUCACAGCACUGACGGCCGCUUGCAGAAGCGCUGGCCUUUAAGUUUUUUUUCUCUGAACCAGUGAACCCCAGACCCAAAGGCCCGAAAGCAUAUACCUUGACAUGGGCCACAUCCUAGGCCAUGGCCCAGGCGGUGCGGGGCCCAAAUUUGCCCCUGUUUAAGACCACUAUGGGUGAAAGUCCACGCAAUCUAGUUCUUGUCCAGUAAGUCUGUUUAAGCUAUUUUUUGUGGCCGCCCAUCAAGUUUGUCCCCCAAAAGAUGAUCUAAAAAAGUUAGGCUUCUUUGUGCUGCAUUUUUUUUGCUUGGUAGCUAUAAAAGAAUAGAAGUUGGAUGGCUGACCGACUCAGUAAGCGUGGGCUGCCACGUUUGGCUCCUUGUCCUCUCUAUGAUCAAGCCAAAGAAACAAUAUUUUAUGCAUUUUCAAUUGUUAAAUUCGGUCCUUGAUCUGGUUGAUGUAAUAUCUUUCGCAGUGGAACAACACUCCUCUAUCUAGUGGUAGCGGGGACACAUCAUUAGGACUACUCCUAAAGGCUUGUUUGGUUGGAAGUAGAUUAAGGGAGAAAUAAACUAAUUUUCCAUUGAUCC